AUGUCACUGGUACGAGGAAGAACGCAUCGCGAGCGAGCGCCGUCGCAAAACCAUACCGUGCUAUGGGAGUACUUGGCGCCUUAUGGAUGGCUGCUAACGUUCACUUGUGUUCUGGCCUACUUUAUCUAUAACAACUUGGUUAGACCGAAAUUAAAAAGUAUAUGGGAGUCGAAGGAAUUGAUGGAGAAGAAAAAGUUUGACGAAGAUGUCCACACUCGUGUCGCCGCAAGGUUGGAGGCGGCUCGGCUGGCGCAGCAACGACAUCAUGAUGCUGUGGCAGAGGAAGCAAAGCGAGCAGCUGAAGAGGCUGCUCGUAAGAAACUCGAGCACAUUGAAGAGGAGCUUCGGAGCAGAAAUGUGUUGGAAACCACACUCAUAUCGCGUGAUCUGAAAUUGAAGAAGAAAGUGACCAAAAGCGACAAACCACAGCGUCCAGAUGAAAUCAUCGAUGCCUACAUUUCCUCCAAGCCCAUAGUCGUCUUCAGUAAAACAUGGUGCCCAUUUUGUAGGAAAGCGAAGGCAGCACUAGCAACAUUCCGAUUACAACACGAGCAAUUCGAGUACAUCGAGUUAGAUGAACGUUCAGAUCUGCCCGUUGAUGGCAUUCAGGACGAAUUUCUGAAGAGAUUUGGCAGCAGAUCAGUUCCUAAGGUAUUUAUUGGCGGUCAGUUCAUAGGCGGUGGUGACGAUAUAGUUCGUCUAUUGCAUAGCGGAGAAUUGGAACCUCUGGUCCAAGCAGCACUUCACUAA